GUUUGGGAAACACUGCUCUACCUCCCAGAGGCCGGCGCCAGCGUCUCGGAAGGGGCGAGGUCGGGGGACUACAUAGCCCGCGUAUCUGUCUCCGACCCCGACGAACAGCCGGGAAAGAGGACUGGCGAGGGGAGUUCGAGAGGCGGCGUGGAGCUGAGCCUGGAAGGCGGCGACGGCGCCUUUUCGCUGCCACGCUCUGGCGACGACAGCGGCGUCUAUUUCCUGUGCGUGGAAGGCUCCUUAGGCCGGGAGAGCCGCCAGGCUUACGAGCUGUGUUUGACGGCCGUCGACGCUGCCCUCCCGCCGCUCUCCUCGCACCGUGCGCUGGCCCUCCGCGUGGCCGACCAGAACGAACAGGCUCCCGCCUCGCCUGGCGCGGUGCUCUUUCGCCUCAGCCGCCGACCAACAGCCAGGUGCGCUACGCCUCGCUCAGGCUCACGGCGCGCUUUUCCUCCUCGACCCGCUCAGCGACGGCGUCCUGAGGCUCCGAGCCGCCCUGGAUCGCGAGCGGGAAGCGCUGGUGCAGUUGUGGGCGCUGGCCCGGGAUAUGGGCGAGCCGCCCCUCUCGUGGCGGAUGCCAACGACCACGAACCCGUCUUCAGACGCCAAGUCUGCAACGUGAGCCUGGGUGAACACUGCGAGGUGUUGCAGGUAACUUGGCCAGAUUUCAAAAUCCAUGUAGUGUUUAUGGACUUCGACAGGACAAAGCAACAGACCAAGAUUUUGGACAUAUUAAAUAUUUUUUUUUAUAAUGGAUUCCACAGCAAUGAAAAAUCAGAAGUGUUUCAGAUUGACAUAAGCCGUGGCUGCAUAUAUGUGUGUCAGGAUCUUGACAGGGAAGAAGAUCCAUCUGCAUAUGAUUUCUUAGUAAAAGUCAUUGAUGAGGUAAUACCUCUUCCCAAAGGAUUUUUUUCUUCUUCUCAAUACAUCAGACAUUUUGCCAUACCAGAAAAUUUUAGACUUGCUCAGAUCAUGGGCUCUUUAAAACGCCUUCAUCAGCAUUUAUAUCCCAACAGAAAACAGCAUUUUAUUAUCCCUGAAGAAGAUUCUGAUAUUCCAUUUGAAAUUGAUAAUACUAUAGGGGAUCUCUUUCUUUCUAAAGCACUUGAUUAGGAAGCAAUAUCUCACUACUUCUUCAGAGUUAUUGUAAAUGACUAUCUAAAAAAUUCUCCACAGAAUGAGACUGGUUUUUUUUAUCAGUAUUGAUGUUGAAGAUCAAAAUAACCUCCCACCUUCUUUCCAAAAUAACUUCAUUGUAAUUGGGAUAAAGGAAAAUGUACCCAUU